UGUUGCCGAAAGCCGGCAUUGUGAUACGUGUACUGCACAUCUAACUGUGCUAGUGUGCUUGACGAUUCGUACUAUGAUAACAGAUCUUGUUAUUAGAUACAUUUAUGUUGACUUUUAUAGUUGCGAUUGUAGUAUAAACGUUCAUGUAAUUUAUAGUUUCAGGUAACAUAAAUUAUCUAUUUUAUACAAAUAAUCUAUUUUUGUCAAGUUGAAACAAGUGUCGGCAGUCACUCGUGAGGUGUGUACUGCUAUUCAUCUACACACUUCACUACACAUUUUUACACACCGAAGUAUAUUCUGCUUGUGUUAGAGAAAAACCGCUGCAUCAUCUGGAGCCUGGUAGCUCAAGUUAAAGUUGCUGAACUAGGUUCUAGGAGCUUCUAAUAAAAGAAGGAAUUUAUUCAAGGACCACAACACAGUGCCGUGACAUGGCUGAAGAUGAGAGACCCAAACCUCGCCUUACUUGUUCCGCAGCGGUUCAAAAUGUGGUGGACUCGAUGCAAUUUCUUGCUCCUCUCUCGAGCAGAGACGCAAACUCCAGAAGGCAAGCGCUGGACAACAUAUUUUUACUGGUUGACCAGUACCUGGAUGGCUAUGGCAGCCCUGUGUCCACUGGGAUGCCUGGGGUUCUCAAUGGCAUAGACAGAGAAUCUUACCUGCAGUCUAUGCUGCCAGGGUUCCUAAGACUCUCCACUGUUUGCCCUUUUGAGGAUGUACGCGAGAGAGUCAGCUUUUUGCUUGCAGAAAUAAAGGAGCGAGGGCGAGAACUGAAAGUACCGACAGCUUUACACAGCGGAGCCAGUCACUACAUCCCCCCGUCUGAG